AUGCCGCCUGUUCCCGGGUCGGGACCGCAGCCAAGGGAGGCUUCCCGGCCCCAGCCUCCACCCCCUUCUCGGGGCCCCGGACACGCCCCCCAGCUUCGGAGCCCCGCAGCGUGCACGCGCCCCGGCCGCUCCCCGCAGCCGCCCACGUGGUGGAGCCCUGAGCCGCGCGAGGCCGCUGAGAGCGCUCAGGGCGGGCCGCUGGUCCGGGAGGCCCCGCCAGCGCGACCCAGCCGAGUCGGUCCCCAGCCCGGGCCCCCACAUUUCCUCCCCCGGAGGGAGGGAGGCGACUCUCCGCGUGCUACCCUCCCCGGCGCCCGCCGCGCCCUCUGGCGGCCACCGCGGGGACGCGCCCUGGGCACGCGGGGCCGCCUGUCUGGGCCCCCCUUCCGGGGCGCGGGGCCCGAGAGGGGCGGCGGGGUCCUGUCUCCUCGCGCCACUCCAGGCCGAGCCACGCGGGCCGCGCCCUUCCCCCUCCGCUCCCCGCGAUCCCCGCAACUCCCGGCUCCCCGGUCGCAACGCCGCGGGUGCCCCAGCCUGACCGGGUCGGCGGCGGGGGCAUUGUUUUUGGAGUCGGGCGGGAGGGGAGGGCGCGUGCGGGGUGGCCGGCGCAGUGCUGCACUGGUGGGGGCGGGAGCGGGUGGGCACGCGCGCGUGUCUCUGUGUGCGCGCGGGAGUCGGCGGGGCGGGACAUGGGGGCGGCGCCUUGCAGUCUCGCGCCCCACGCCUGGGCUCCGCUCCGCACGUCUCGGGGAUCCCGGGCUCCGGUUUUUGGCUCGUGCCGGCCUGGGCCGGGCCCUCGGCGCGCGGCUGCUGCGGCGGUGGCCGCUCGAGUGUGCGAGCGGGCGCGUGUGCGCGGACCCGGGCGCGCGCGCGCGCGCGAGCCCCCAGUGUGUGGCGGCGGCGGCGGCGCGGCGAGGCUGGGGCUCUUGUUUACCAGCAUUAACUCCGCUGAGCGGAAAAAAAAAGGGAAAAAACCCGAGGAGGAGCGAGCGCACCAGGCGAACUCAAGAGAGGCGGGAGAGCAAGAGGGACGCCGCCAGCGAGCCUGUCCGCGGCCGGCGCUCGCAGACCCUCGGCCCCGCUCCCCGGACCCCCCCCCGCGUCCUCCACGCCCCUCCCGCGCGGGGGCAGCUCCACGGCGCGCCUCGCCUCGGCUGUGACCUUCAGCGAGCUGGAGCCCCCGCGCAGAGCCGGCGGCGGCGGGCGGGGGCCGGGCGGGGGCAGCGCGGGGCGGGCGGCGGCGCGGAGCCGGGCGGCGCGGCGGGAGUGCUGAGCGCGGCGCGGCCGGCCCGCCGCUUUGUGUGUGUCCUGGAUUUGGGAAGGAGCUCGCGGCGGCGGCGGCGGCGGCGGCGGCGGCGCUGAGGGAGGAGGCGGCGGCGAGCGGAGCCCGGAGG